AUGUUCCGACAAGCAGCACUGCGACGAAUCACCGUGGCUCCCGGGGCUCCCACGCCAUUGCGAGUUCAUGUUCCCCGCCGGUUACUCUUUUCCCCGCGGAGCACCAGGAGGUCUGGCCGGGCUGUCGAAAACAACCUCGAUAUCAGGCGCAUGUCGAAACAGUCGGAGGAGUGGCACCGCAACCGGCGCACCUUUCUCUGGUUCCACAACGAUGGAGGGGCCGCGAGAUCGUGGCGCCCGGGAACUGCCCGGUCCCGACCUUUCCCCGCACCCUCGACCUCUCAGCCUUCACAUGCCCCGAUCAAAUUGCCCUAUCCAACCACCCAAACCGACACGCUCACGCCCAGCUCUCACCACCCCCUCCGAGCAACACAACAGAGUACACCAUUGUGGAGACUCGGCCUGCGCACAGUAACCUUCGUCAACCUGCAGGUCUACGUCGUCGGCUACUACGUCGCAACCGCCGACAUCGCCGCCCUGCAGAGCGCCCUGACCAAGAAGAUCAACCCGAUCGCGACGACGCUGGUGGCGAGCGAGCGCGAGGAGCUGCGCGGCGCGCUGCUGGACCCGUUCGUGCGCGCCGUCCAGGCGCGCGCCACGCCCGAGACCGCGGCCGACGAUGCGUUCGGCGAGGCCAUGCGCCAGUUCAGGGCCGUCUUCAACCGCGGCAGCGUGCCCAAGCGCAAGGAACUGCUGCUCGUGCGGGACGAGACGGGGAGGAUGAGUAUCUCGUACGACGCGGGGGCGAAUAAGAAGGAGGGGCGCCCCGCGGGGCGGCAGCUGAUUGGGGUGGUGGAGGACGAGCGCGUGUCGAGAGCGCUGUGGCUGAAUUACCUAGCGGGGAAGAAAGUCGCCAGUGAGCCCGCGAGGAAGAAUAUUGUGGAGGGGAUCAUGGAGUUCGUGGAACGGCCCAUCGGCACUGUUGCAGCGCAAGUUGUGCCAGUUGUGAAUUCCAGGGUGUAA